ACGAUAUUAUUCCGUCGAAAUUUGAGUAAAUUAAGUGACAGCGAUAGCCAAACUCUGUCACAUAUGGUCAUCCAGAGUAUAUUUACUAGCAGUUAUAACAAGAAUACUGUGCCUUCUGCAAAACAUACAACCAAAGUUACAAUCGAAUUUGUGAUACAAUCAAUUGGUCAAGUUUCAGAAAUAUCAUCAAGCUUCACUAUGGAUCUGCUUCUCAGUCAGAUCUGGCACGAUCCUCGUCUUCGUUUUGAUCACCUUACAACUUGUUUAAAAAAUUUGACUCUCGGUCACAAAAUGGUUGAAAAAAUUUGGAUACCAAAUGUAUGCAUCGUGAAUUCGAAAAAAACUGCCAUCCAUUCCUCGCCUAGUCCAAAUAUCUUUUUAAUGAUCUAUCCAAAUGGAACCGUGUGGAUCAAUUAUCGCUUAAAAGUGCAAGGACCAUGCGAUAUGAAUUUAGAACUUUUUCCUAUGGAUAUACAGGUAUGUGAACUGGUGAUUGAGAGUUAUUCAUAUAAUGCAGCAAAAGUAUCGCUGAUCUGGAGAGAAUGGAACCCAGUAUUUUCAAUUGCCAAGGAAAAAUUAGCAGAUUUUACUCUUUAUGGAAUAGAAUGGAAGAAAAAUAGUUUCGAAUAUGCUGCUGGUCAAUGGGAUCAGUUGACUGUUUCUUUGUCAUUUUCAAGAGCCUAUGGCUUUUAUAUUCUACAAAUGUAUUUGCCAACCUAUGCUAGUAUCGAUUUCAAGGCCUUACCAGCUCGAAUUACUUUGGGUGUCAGUUCAUUAAUGGCUUUAACAUUCCAAUAUGCAAGUAUUGCUAAAUCACUGCCCAAAGUGGGAUAUAUCAAAUCAGUUGAUAUUUACAUGGUAAUGACUACAGGAUUUAUUUUUCUCUCGUUGAUCGAAGUUGCAAUUGUUUGGUGA